AUGUCGUCCGCGCUCCACGUUCUACGCGUCGCAGCAGCGGUUGGCGAGGAAUUCGGGCUGGCCGGUGGAACCGGUCGGCGGUUUAUAUUUACCGGCUGCGGCGGUCGCGUGGCCGCACCGGCGCUGGCACGUUGCGUCACGGCGCCGCGAAGCCGCACCGCACCGCAGCGCACCACGCCGCACCACGCCGCACCACCUGGACAACAGCCGAGCGCCGCCACUUGUCCAGCCGAGGAGGGUAACGGCCCGCACGUGCACACGUGUGUGCCGUCGCGCGGCCACCCAUUUGCACAGCACCCAUCUAUUGGGACCGAUAAUGAUGUAGCGAAUGGCACACCGCGAGAAUUCCUCGCGGCGGCGAUGGGCGCGCGCUCUCGGCCCAUUAAGUCCCGGGAACAGCGUCGCGGCUCCGACGGCCCCGACGGCCCCAUACUCCCAACGCGACGCAUGUUUAAUUCAGUACGAUGCGACGCAUUAUUCAUUGGCGUGUGGAAAGUUUCGGUUUUCCGAAUAUCGGAGAUGCGGGUCAAGGCGCGGGCCUUCGCAACAGCGUCGAAACUGGGCGCUUUGGGGCAAUUUGCAUGCAACCUCGUUUUUCUCGUUCUU